AUGGCUUAUAGACAUACUUUCACACAAGAAAAUAGCUAUUUUGGUUUACAAGAAGCUUUACACGAUAUAAUCAACCAGGAUAGUGACGACGAUGCUACUUAUGAUGUGAUUAUGUUGCCACCUGAUCCAGACGUUGUCACUGAUGAAGAGGAAGGUGGUGAGGAUAACUUAUAUCAUAACGAAUUACCUCAGGAUGUUCCAGGUAACGUAGAAGUGGUUACUCACAGACGUUCUUGUGCUGUCGAGGAUGAAUGGAGCACCGACGAUGAUGAACCUCUCACAACAAUGGCAUCAUCGUCUUCGCAAAGUGCGCCAAAGAGAAGAAAAGUUGAUGGAGUGCCAACUUGGAGAAAGUGUGUGCCUGUUUAUUCCAUUUCUCGGUCUAUUACAGAAUCUGCAGCUCUUGAAGAACGAUGUUCUAAAGUUUCAGAUAUCCUAAAAGACAUGACCCCUGUGAAAGUCUUUGAAUAUCUUUUUGACGACGAAGUGCUAGAACUUAUCACAUCACAAAGCACAAUAUAUGCUGGGCAAAACAAUAGGCACGAUAAAUCUUUCAGUAAAGAGGAACUUCGAAAAUUCCUAGGCAUACUUAUACUUUCCGGUUACCACAAAUUGCCUAGCGAGAGGUCGUACUGGAGCUUAGAUGAUGAUCUAGGUGUCACGAAAGCUCACGAUCCAACCCUCUUCGAAGCCGUGCGUCGACUAUCUGGAGUCCUCGGUCACUACAUGGUGGUUUUCAACCAACUCAUUGAGUGCUGCCAUCAGAACCUGCAAGUCCAGAAGACGGUGUUCAUCGACAAUAUUAUCAAAGCACUUGUUUCUCGAAUACUUGAACUAAAGGCUGAAUUAGAAAAAUUAGAAGGCAGUCGUUUCCAAUUCAUUGGUCAUGGGUUGAUUGAAGUCCAUCACACGGUGUUUGACAUCGAUAUGACCGCGAUACCCAUGCAGGAGGGCAGACCAGAGCAUAUACAGGAAGAAUUUGAUAAAAUACUAGCUAGGGUGAAGGAAAUGAAAGAAUUCGUUGAAGAAGUUGAAGAAGAAGAAAUUGAAGAGCCUCAGGAUACGUUUGCAGAGUUAUGGGGAGUAGAAAUAAAAGAGGAGGAGCCUGUGUUUAAAGUUAAAGAGGUAGAUCUGAGUAUACCAGAAGAAUUGCGUAAAACAAGAGAAUAUCUGGCUUUGAUACUUGCACAUGAGAGGACCAGGCAAGUUAUAAAAAUGAUGAAAAAGAAUCGACUUAGAAGAGAGAUGUGGGUGAAGGAGCUGACCGGGACUUUACAGCCUCCAGCCAGAUACGAGAUCAGAGAAAGAAGUUCUCAACUCAUUUGUAAAGGCAAAGAUUUUUUGUGCAGAGCCUACUUCAAGUUGAAGCGGCAACGGAUUGAAGAUUGCAAGAGAGACCAACUAUUGGGACUUAAUAUUUGCGAUUCGCCGAAUUUAGACACACAAAGAGUAAAUGCAGAUAAAAUGCUUCUUAAUCGUUCAAAACUACGAACCAUUUAUGAGAAAGAGUGGAUAAAACAUCGUGACAAGAUAAAAGAAGAUGUGCUUAAAUAUAGACAAGCAAAAAUCUGUGAUGAACUAAGGGACCAAAUUAGGGAGUGGUUCAUUCAAUGGUUUGAUGCAGUUCGUUUUUUCUACGACAUACCAAAAGAAGGACCUGUGGCUAUCUUCAAUGGUAAUGUUCCCAGUCCUGAAGACUGGUAUGAGGAGAAUGAAGCUCAAAAGCUCAAAAAUGCUGCUAACAAAAAGAAAAGUCCUCAAGAUUUGAAAUUCGAGAAACUAGACGCAAUAAGGCAAGAAAAGUUACUACAACAAGAAGAAUUAAUGAAAAAGAAAUCUGAAGCACUGCUAUUAAAGAAGAUGAUGAAAAAUCCUACGAUGCACCCAGGAUAUAAGUUCCCCGUUUCAAAAACUAUGCAAAAUCUUAAGGACGUUAUAGACUACUAUCACCAAUCAUGGGACAUAUACGAUGUAUGGGAAACUAACGAUGUCAAAGAGAAGUAUGUUCAUGAAAUUGAUGUGAUUAAUGCUAUAAUGGAAGUGUCACUCGAAGUUAUGCCACAAGUUGAUGCAGACAUGAGGAAAGAACUUAAACAACUGAAGACAGCUUUGAGUGAAGAUUAUAAAACUCUCGAAAAGGAUAUACCGAAAGACGUGACAAAGCCAAUAAAAAGGGAAAAGCAGAAGAAAAAAACUCGCGUUGAAUUGAAUAGUAAAAUUAAUAAAAUGAUUGAGGAUCUGGCUCUACAAGAUUUGAUCGUGGAGUAUCCUAGAGUUAAAUUAGAAGAUUUUAUUGGAGACCCUAACUUUGGUGGAGAAGAUUUGAGGCGAAAAAUUGUACCAACAUUUCCAUUCAAUUUUGAAAUCCGAGCGUACUGGUGGGAGAAGUGUCGAGAAGUAAGCCACGGUUUCCACAGGAUUCUACUGGUGGGACCUAGAAGUAGUGGCAAAACUAUACUUGUUAAGGUCUUAGCUUCUAUUAACGAUGCAGUGCUUUUCGACUUAGACCCUCAUAAAGUCCAAGGUAAUUUGCAAACGGCACCAUUCAUCAAACGACUGGCUAAAAUGGUAGUUGCUUGUACCAAAGUCUUGCAGCCUUGUGUCAUCCAUUUAAAACAUGUACAGAAACUGUUUUAUAUUAAGUCACCACCGGAAGACAUAGACAUGAAUUCGGUCCUUAUAAAAAAGUACUUUGUUCAGUACUUGAUAAAAAAUAUUCGCAAGACUGACAACGUAACAAUAGUAGGUACCUGUACAGAACCAUGGUUAGCCAAAAGCAAGGGUUUAUUGAAGUGGUUUCCCACAGUACUGCUUCUACCAGACAAUACGUACUCUCCAGUCGUGCAGAUAUUAGAAGAUUGGGUGGUCAAAUAUGGAGUAAUACCAGCAAACUUCAACGUUACCAACUUGGCUUAUAUGCUGCGAGGGUAUACCUUCGGGUAUCUGAAACACGCGCUGGAGAGGUUCAUGUCGGGUGACAGAAUUAUCAAAAUAGCCGCUUAUGGACUUACUCCCAUGGAAGUCUAUGAUUAUAUUUUAAACGAUGAAAAUGCUGAAGAAGCCGAAUACGACCAAUACCUAAAAUGGUACCAUGAGAAAACCGCUCCAGGUAUGAAAGAGGUGAAGCACUUGCAAGAACAGUUAGAUUUUAAGGCUGCAUUCGAGAAAUACGUUUUAAAGGCUAAAAAGGAGGGUAAACCACACAAAGCACCUGGAAGUGCCAGUACGAGUAACACAGGCACGACUGACUAAUUAUAGAAAAUAAAUACUUUGUACAAAAUAUGAUGUUUUAGAUGUCAAG